CUCCGCCCCGUCGGCCUGUACUUCCCCCAGCCCCGCCUCGCUCUCCAGCACGCGGGGCUCCCGGCAGCUCGUCCCGCUCUUCCCCUCCCGGUGCUGUUCGCGUGCUCGCCGCAGCUCCGUCCUCCGCGCCGCGCCUGCUUCUCCCACGCCGCGCGACCUCGGGCCUGAGGGAGGCGGGCGCCAUGGCGGCCGAGGCGCUGGCAGCGGAGGCCGUGGCUUCGCGCCUGGAGCGGCAGGAGGAGGACAUCCGCUGGCUGUGGGCGGAGGUCCAGCGUCUAAGAGAUGAGCAGCUGAACGCGCCCGACCGGGGCCCGGACGAGGGGCCGCGCCUCACGCGGGAGGUGGCGCUGCUCCGGGCCGAGAACCGCGACCUGCGCCACCACCUGUACCGCCUGCGACUGUGCCUCGCCGAGGGGCUGAGCCACCAGGCCGAGCUGCCGAGCGCGGCGCGGGCGGCGGCGGCGCAGGAGGGGGCAGGGCGCGCGGCUGCCUCCGCGCAGCCUCCUGCUGCUCAAAGCCAAGAAAAGGACAUUGAAAAGAAGGAGGAAAUUGGGCCUGACAGUGAUGCAAAAGAUCAAUCACACUUCAUGAAGGAAAGAUUGAAGCUUUUUGAAAUAUUAAAGGAAGACCAUCAGCCCUUACUUGCCUUUUAUGAAAAAAAAGGAAAUACAGGCAAUGUGAUCACAGUAAGAGUGGCUGAUGGGAAAACAGUGGAAGGGGAAGUUUGGAAAACAACACCUUAUCAAGUGGCUGCUGAAAUUAGUCAAGAACUGGCUGAAAACACAGUAGUUGCCAAAGUAAAUGGUGAAUUAUGGGACUUGGACCGUCCAUUGGAAGGGGACUCCACCCUAGAGCUGCUUAUGUUUGAUAAUGAGGAAGCUCAAGCUGUGUACUGGCACUCCAGCGCUCACAUUCUUGGGGAGGCCAUGGAGCUGUACUACGGAGGCCACUUGUGCCAUGGUCCACCCAUUGAAAAUGGAUUUUAUUAUGACAUGUUCAUUGAAGACAGAGCUGUGUCCAGCACAGAACUGUUGGCCCUGGAGAGCCUAUGUCAGACUAUCAUCAAAGAGAAGCAACCGUUUGAAAGAUUGGAAGUCAGCAAGGAAGUCCUCCUGGACAUGUUUAAGUGUAACAAAUUCAAAUGCCGCUUCCUGAAUGAGAAGGUUAACACUCCAACUACCACAGUUUACAGGUGUGGUCCACUAAUUGACCUUUGUAAAGGCCCCCACGUAAGACACACUGGAAUAAUUAAAACCAUAAAAAUUUUCAAGAGUUCCUCGACAUAUUGGGAGGGCAAUCCUGAAAUGGAAACACUGCAGAGAAUCUAUGGGAUAUCCUUUCCUGAUAACAAGAUGAUGAAAACUUGGGAAAAGUUCCAAGAAGAAGCCAAGAACUGUGACCACAGGAAAAUCGGGAAGGAACAAGAACUCUUCUUUUUCCAUGAUCUGAGUCCUGGUAGCUGCUUUUUUCUUCCAAGAGGAGCCUUCAUUUAUAAUACACUUGUGGAUUUCAUACGAGUAUGUUAUGUUUAUCUAAUGUUUGCCCAUCGUCCACGGUCUUGGAGAGAAAUGCCUAUCCGAUAUGCUGAUUUUGGAGUUCUUCACAGAAAUGAAUUGUCGGAAACUUUAAGUGGCUUGACCCAAGUUAGGCGCUUCCAGCAGGACGAUGCUCACAUAUUCUGCACAGCAGAGCAGAUUGAAGAAGAAAUAAAGGGGUGUUUGCAGUUUCUGCAAUCUGUUUACUCCACGUUUGGCUUCUCCUUUCAAUUAAAUUUGUCAACCAGGCCUGAAAACUUCCUAGGGGAGAUUGAGAUAUGGGACGCCGCUGAAAAGCAACUGCAGAAUAGCUUGAUAGAAUUUGGAGAACCAUGGAAGAUGAACCCAGGAGAUGGAGCAUUUUAUGGCCCUAAAAUUGAUAUAAAAAUCAAGGAUGCUAUUGGCAGGUACCAUCAAUGCGCUACAAUUCAGCUGGACUUCCAACUGCCUAUUAGAUUUAAUCUUACAUAUGUUAGUACGGAAGGGGAUGAUAAGAAGAGCCCUGUGAUCAUUCACCAAGCCAUUUUAGGGUCAGUGGAAAGAAUGAUAGCCAUUCUCUCGGAGAACUAUCAGGGAAAAUGGCCUUUCUGGCUGUCUCCUCGUCAAGUAAUAGUCAUCCCUGUGGGGCCAACCUGUGAAAAAUAUGCACUUCAGGUAUCCAAGGAAUUUUCUGAAGAAGGAUUCAUGGCCGAUGUUGACUUAGAUCAUAGUUGUACACUAAAUAAGAAAAUACAAAAUGCACAGCUGGCUCAGUAUAAUUUUAUUUUGGUGGUUGAAGAAAAGGAAAAGACAAAUAAUGCUGUAAAUGUUCGAACAAGAGACAACAAAAUUCAUGGAGAGAUUUCAGUAACUUGUGCCAUUGAUAAAUUGAAGAACCUCAAGAAAUCACAUGCACUAAAUGCUGAAGAAGACUUUUGAAAUCCUUCCUUGGACUUGCUUCUGUGUAACCUUAUUUUGACUCUUGAAAAUGCAUUUUUCUUAAUGUUAAUACUUCUGAGAACCUUGGACCCACUGAUGAGCACAUUAAGAAAGGAGACUGAAUGAAUAGCUGAUAUGAACAAAGUUUAAUUCACUAAUGUUUCUUCAGACAAAAAGAGGACAAGCUUGGAAUAUUUUUAAUUUCCCAAAUGCCUUGAGAGACUUAAGUAGGAAAAUGUUACUCAUUGAAAGAGGGAAAUACUAGGAAAUGAAGAUUAUAAGGUAUUGUUAAGAUGUGUGGUUUUCAAAAGAUGGUCUUCAAAUAAAAGUCUGCAAAGUUUUUUUGAA